AUGAAAAGUCAUAGCGAAGACAUCACAGAAUCUCCUCUUGGACUAAAGAACACUCCCGAGAAUGCCACACCUAUUGAGCUGGAGGUCAAAGGCACUAUACCUUCGUGGCUCUGUGGAGUCAUGUACAGAGCAGGAUUUCAAGGCGCAGGAACUUUCAACAUCCCUUUGCAAGACGGUAGCACUUUCCACAUCAAGCAUCCCUUUGAUGGCCUGGCCAUGCUGCACAGGUUCGAAAUCAACGGCGUCCAAAACUCGGUCUCUUACUGCUCUCGACAUACGUCAAACGGCGUGAAACGUCGAAUCAUGGAAAAAGAUCCCACAUUACUGACAUUUGGUCCUGAUCCUUGCAAAACUAUCUUUGGUCGUAUGCAGUCCGUUUUCCAUCAUAUAAGCCGUAUGAAAAAGAAUGCAGAUGAUAUGGAGGAAGACCCAGAGUUUGACAUGGUGAAUGUAACCAUCACACCCAACUUUCCAAUCGGUAAAACUCUUGAGGAGAAGACUGGAGUUUUACCUGGAGAGGCUGUUGUUGUGAAGCGUGAUGCCAAUACGUUGCAGUUGGUAGACAGCAAAACUCUUGAGCCAUUAAAGAUGUUCACUUACGGUCAUGUCGACAAGAGCAUCAAAGGGCAGCUUUGCGCAUCUCAUCAUCAAUACGACGAAGAGACGGAUGAAUUUGUAAAUUUCAUGGUGACCUUAGGACCUUUCCCAUCGUUUCAAAGCUUUACAAUAGGGCCAUACUUACCGAAAAUGUCUAUCGGAACACAAGAGGUGAUGGCAGUCCUUCAUGAGCCAGUAUGGAGACACCUAGGGGCAUGGAAAACAAUGGAGCCGUUGAAGCCUUCUUACAUACACUCCUUCAGUAUGACCAAGCGAUAUAUCAUCAUACCUAAUUUUCCUUACUACUACAGUUUUGGAGGUUUGUCGGCCUUGUACUACUCCAAUGCUUACCAGACUUUCCAUUGGGAGGAAAAUCGCCAUACGCUUUUCCAUGUCAUUGAUCGUAACUCUGGGCGACAUAUUGCAACCUACGAAGCUGAGCCUUGCUUUGCUUUUCACACUGCCAACGCUUGGGAUGAAGACAUACCUACCUUUGACGGUAAAACCGAGACUGUGAUCUACUUCGAUAUGAGUGUAUACGAAAACACUGAUAUUGUCGACGCCAGCUUCGAGUUUGGAAAAGGUGUUGACUUUUUUGAUGCCGAGAAGGUCAAGCCUGCUCCAUUCGUCAUCAAGAAAAAGGCGUUUGGUAAGGCCAACAACAAGAUUGCACCUUCUCAAGUCCGCAGAUAUCGUUUGUCAAACGUCCCAGUUGUAAAUGAAUCGAACCGUGUCAACACAGGUUUAUUUGGAAUCAGCACAGACUUCAACUCUCGCAAAGUCGCAUCUUACGAGGUUCUUGGCUAUGACCUCGAGCUUCCCCGUUUUAACCAAAAAUAUGCGCUCAAGCCCUAUCGCUACCUGUGGGGGGUGUGUCAAAGUAAACAUGCUCCGUCGUAUGCAUCGGGUGCAGUGGUCAACGGCAUCAUCAAGCUUGAUCUAAAUAAUCCAAAGGCCCAAAGCUCGACGGCUCUUUAUUGGGAUGAACCUGGUUGCUCUUGUGCAGAACCGAUCUUUGUGCCGUCUGACCAUGGAAAGGCAGAAGAUGAUGGUGUUGUUAUUAGUGUCGUGAACGCGAGUCUUCCGGAAGGAGAUAGUUGUUUCCUGCUCAUAUUGAACGCUGCUACUCUGGAGGAACUAGCGCGUACUACCAUGGGCCAAUGGCAUACCAUGACUAUUCACGGAAGCUUUGUUGAUCAAGCUGGUCGAGGUAUAGCUGUGAACUAA